GUACACAUCAUAUGUGCAUUACAUGACAUUCGUCAAGCCACUACGUUGUUGUCUACUGAACUAAAGAAGUAGGUAGACGCAUUGUGACGAAAGGCUUACAUUAUCCGGGAUACUGACCCUGAGUAUGGCACAGUCUCAAGCGGUUAGCACGGAUGUUCUCGAAAAGCUCUUCUACUGUCACGAAUGUGAAAAAGAAAUAAAAAUUACUAUAUCUGACGAUGAUCCAACGUGUCCUGACUGCAAUCACGAGUUUCUAGAGGCCUUAGACGAACAAGAAGAACCGAAUAGGGGAGAGGGAGACGGGGAACACAGUCCAACGGAUGCUGAGUUGCAAGAGUCACUUUCAUGGAGAAUGGCUACCAUUGAUCCUGCCACUGGACUUCCAAGGAAUCCUAUGGACGUCAUCGUGAACAGCCUUAUGGAGGCAACUAGUGCCAACAACAGAGGAUCAUGGCCUCCAGCUCCACUGCUGAGAAUUCAAGAACGAAGACGAAGAAUGAGGCCGGUGCAUGUUCGCACCGUCUUACACGGCCCUCCAACACUCCUACGUGUUGCUAAUGAUCUUGUUGGAGGGUCUUUGAGUGGAGGAUUUCCAUUUCCAUUUCCACUCCACAAUAUAUUUGGAGGGCCAAGAAACUUAGGCGAUUACGUGACUAGUGAUCGAAGUCUGGAUGAUGUUGUAUCUCAGCUGCUGAGCCAGUUGGAAGGAGGAGCUCCACCCGCAGAUAAAGAAACGAUAGACUCAUUGCCAAAGGUCAUUAUUACACAAGAUGUAGUCGAUAAGAACGUUGAGUGUACUAUAUGCCAAGACAAAUAUACUGUCCGAGAAGAGGUCCAUCAGUUAACGAAAUGCCAACAUCUGUUCCACACAGGCUGCAUCACACCAUGGCUGAAACUCCAUGACACGUGUCCAGUGUGUCGAAUACCAGUGAGUGACAGGGCCAGCGAGUCGACUGCCGGUCUACCAUCACAGAAUGUUUUUAUGUCUGGUGGUAGAAAUCAAUAUGAACAAUAUGAUGAGUCGUCCGAUAUGGGAUCGGAAGAAGUGAAUUAGCUACUGUUGUAUACAUGCUAGUCUUUGCUGAUUGCAAGUCUGUAUUUUGCUAUCCAUUUGAUCAUCUAAUAAGGGGACUAUUGGUUUAAAUUUGGCGGAGUUCUAUUGGUACUUGUAGGACUCCAAUGUCUAAAGAUAUGAAAGCAAUUAGAAUGUGUAAUGAAAUUGCCACAGUGCUGGAGGGAUCAACUUUGUAUCUUGGACUGAAAAGUUUGUUUCUUUCAUCUGCUUUCUAAACAAAUGCAAAUAAAAAAUAUUUUUUGUAUUUAUUGGACGUAGGAAGACUAAAAGUUUGGGAAUUUUUUUAUAACUGCUCUUAAAAAUAAAUGUCUUCUUUUGAUCAUCA